AUGUGGACUUUUCUGGGCAUUGCCACUUUUACUUAUUUUUAUAAGAAAUGCGGGGAUUUUGUAUCUUACGCCAACAAGGAGCUGUUCUUGUGUGUGCUGGUGUUUUUUUCUUUGGGCAUGGUGCUGUCUUACCGAUACCAUUAUGGGAAUGGAGGACUUCAUAGGCAACAGCAAAAAAAGUCCCAAUAUGGGAUUUUGUCUGACAUUCUUUUGUCUUUGCCGUUUGUUGGAUUUUUCUGGACAAAAUCGCCAUCCGGGGCAGCACACAAGGAGCAACUAAAAUCCAGGAAGGGCAAAAAGGAAGUUGAUGCUCCAGAGACAACCCUAUUGGGAACAGUUUCAUCAGUGACUUCUGAGUAUGACCCAGAAGUUAUUAUUGUGGGCUCAGGUGUACUUGGAUCUGCUUUGGCUGCAGUACUAGCUAGAGAUGGAAGAAAGGUGACAGUAAUUGAGAGAGAUUUAAAAGAGCCAGACAGGAUACUUGGAGAAUUGCUACAGCCAGGAGGGUUUUGUGCUCUUAAGGAUCUGGGUCUUGAAGGUGCGGUGGAAGGCCUUGAUGCCCAUGUUGUCAAUGGUUAUGUAGUUCAUAACCAGGGAUGCAGAGAGGAAGUCGAAGUGCCAUUCCCACGCUCAGCAGACAGUCAGGUGCAGAGUGGCCGAGCGUUUCAUCAUGGACGCUUCAUCAUGAAUCUCCGAAGGGCAGCUAUGGCAGAACCCAAUACAAAGUACAUUGAAGGAGUUGUGUUGAAAUUGUUGGAAGAAGAUGAUGUUGUGGUGGGAGUUCAGUACAAAGAUAAAGAAACUGGAGACAUCAAGGAACUCCGUGCACCAUUGACAGUUGUUGCAGAUGGGCUUUUUUCCAAGUUCAGGAAAAAUUUGGUCUCCAAUAAAGUAUCUAUCACAUCCCAUUUUGUCGGCUUCCUUAUGAAGGAUGCACCACAAUUUAAAGCAAAUUGUGCUGAACUCAUUUUAGCAGAUCCUAGUCCAAUUCUCAUCUACCAGAUUUCAUCCAAUGAAACUCGGGUUCUUGUUGAUAUCCGUGGAGAAAUGCCAAGAGAUUUAAGAGAUUAUAUGAUAGAGAAAGUUUAUCCACAGUUACCUGAUCACGUAAAAGAACCAUUCCUAGAGGGAAUUCAGAAUGAUCGCUUGAGGUCUAUGCCUGCAAGUUUCCUUCCUCCUUCACCAGUAAACAAACGAGGUGUUCUUCUUUUGGGAGAUGCCUAUAAUAUACGACAUCCUCUUACUGGUGGGGGAAUGAGUGUUGUUUUCAAUGAUAUAAAAAUCUGGAGGAAGUUGCUGAAGAGCAUCCCUGAUCUUUAUGAUGAGAGAGCACUUCUCCAGGCCCAAAAUUCAUUCUAUCGGUCAAGAAGAAAGUCCCAUUCAUUUGUUGUGAAUGUUCUUGCUCAGGCUCUUUAUGAAUUAUUUUCUGCCUCAGAUGCAUCUCUGCAUCAGUUAAGAAGAGCCUGUUUCUUUUACUUCAAGCUUGGUGGAAACUGUAUUUCUGGUCCAGUUGGAUUGCUUUCUGUAUUGUCACCUGAUCCCAUGACUCUCAUUGGACAUUUCUUUGCCGUUGCAUUAUAUGCUGUUUACUUUUGUUUUAAGUCAGAACCCUGGAUUACAAAACCACGAGCCUUCUUCAGCAGUGGUGCUGUCUUUUACAAAGCUUGCCGUGUCAUAUUUCCUCUCAUUUAUUCAGAAAUUAAAUACUUACAUUAAACUUAAGGGAAGCCCAUUGGAGAAGGAAUGAAUACAUGAAACUUGCCAAGCCUUAAGAGACUUUUGGGAUGACGUACUACUGAAUGCCAUACUGUUACUAAAACACAGACACAUGGAUCCAAGAUGGGGAUUAAUUUGUUUUUGAUCUUCUUUGUAUGUAAACUGUUGUAAAGAAAUGUUUUACUUUGUGAUUAAAAUGAAGACUGUUAGAUAUCUGAGAAAUGCUUGUUAAAUCACAAAUCAGUUUGAAGUCCUAAUAGUGAGAACAUGUUUUCUUUUGGGACCCAUUAUGUUUUGUAUGUGAAAAAGUUGGUUAUGCAAAUAAAUGAAAUGAUCAUUGAAAUCUUA